GCGAAACGUGGUCCGAGACGGUUGUCGGUCGUGCAGCUGCUGUUGCUCUAGCUGAGCGAGCCACAACAUAUUACGCGUGCAGUAAAGUUUUCUAUCGAUCGGCCGCAGAGAUCCGCGAGUGUUUAUUUAUUGACGUGUUUUACUCUGCUCUGCUUCGGAAGCAGCAGUACCUUCUGGACCUGGUCCCCGGGGGCAUAAUACCGGUUGAUCGGUGUAACGGUCUGUGUGGAAUUAAAAAAAAAAUGUUUUUGUUUUGAUACCUCCCGACCUGGCCGCGCGAUAGACGACGGUGCGGACGCCUGGCUAGCCGGCCGCAUCCUCAAGGACCCAUGAGUGAACAGCGCAUCCGAGUGAUUGAUUAUCAGUGAUUACAGGGGAGGGGCAGUAAUGGUUAUUAGCCUUGUAUGUGUGAUAGUGACAACGAAAUGUCGACAUCGAUCCUGUCUGCCUACUUCUAAUCCAGUAUAAAACGUGCUCCGAAAGGAACAGUCACACUCACCAGCGAUAGGCUGCUUCUGGUUCAGCCUGGACAGGAUUGUCCUCGAAAAAAACAAACAACGUUCCCGCGAUCAGCUCCGGGAGGGAAUUAAGCAAGGACUGGCGGCGUCCUGCUGUUGGCGACGGCAUUAAUAAAUUAAUUAACUUUGAUCGUGAUGGCGCUGGUGGUGGCUAAAUCAAGCUAAUAAACAUACAGAAAACGACCACGGCGCAGCGCAAACCACCCGAAACGCCGCAUAGAGAAGGGGAAUCGGAUCGUAUUUUUCGAUUGCCACAGCGUGGAGUGAUUGCCGGUGGCGGAGAGUGAAGCCCGGAGUGUGUGUUGAUACGGAACUUCCGUUAAUCUGCCUCGUAAUUGGCCCGCCUCGGUACAACGGAGCAGAUUUAGAGUGGCCAGAAAACGGGCAAACCAGGGGAGAUCGAAAGCAACCCGUAAACAGUUGGUUCCGGUGAUUUUACGGAAUACACGGGCCCGUUUUUUUUCUCAGGCAACGUUAGGGUUCACCCUCGGUUUAUCAUGGUGCGCAUCUGAUAACACAAGUGUCUCACGUGCUAGUCUGUGUCUGCGUCUGUGUGCGAUUGUGUUUUUAUUUGUUUUAUCUGCGUCCCCGUAACACGGAACGGGACAUCGCGUUUAUUGGCACAAAUCAUAAUUGUAUCGUCGUCGAGCGCGCACGAGGAGAACGCAACGGUGGUGUAUGGCCACGGACGCUCGUUGCUUCCAACUGCUGCUGCAUGAUCAUUUAUGAUCAUCUCUCCCUCGCAGAAAGACCGCCGGGGGCCCCCUACCGGAAAGGAAGUGCUCGAUUGUGCAAAUUCGUUGUCCAUCGUCCGUCGAUUGGCCAGCCUGGUGGACGCUGGCUAAUCUCACGGGUCAGCCACGCAAAUCGGGAGCAAUUCCUCCCCAUGAUAACGCUAGACUGUCGAUUCUAGUACGACGUGUGUGUCUUUGUGUGUAGACGAGUGGAACUAGCGCUUGUCGUGGAUCCGAGGGGUGUAUCUGCGGCGCAAACCACCACCGCAACUGUUGUUGUUCGCCAGUUCGGAAUUGUUCGCAUUGUUGUCACUUCGACGAGUGCGAGUGUGUCGUUGGUGCAGUGUCCAGUGUACUCCGUGUUGUUCCGCGGCCAUCUGUAUCUCCGGUCAUCCGGAGUUCCCGACGUGAAACCAUGGCAGACGUCGAAUCGCAGAAGAUAUGCGGCAAAGCGAAGGCCAGGAUCACGCUGCCCGUCGCCAUCGAUGUGGUCAUACUGACGCUAGUUGCCUGCUUCCUCAUCCUUACCGAGCUCGGUUUGCUGCCGCAAGUGGUGAAACGUGGCUACUACUGUAACGAUCAGUCGAUCCGGCAUGAGUACAAGGGCGAUACCAUAACGACCGUCACCAUACUGCUCAGUGGGUUCGUUCCCAUCGUUUUGAUAUGGCUGACGGAAGCGUUGCUCUACACACCAUCGAUCAACUGUAGCAAAGCGGACUCGGAGUCCCGGUGCCGCGGUUCAUGGCGCGAGGCCUGGUACUGGUCGGUAAAGUAUGGCCGCGGGCUCGUCACUAUGCUAGUCAUCAUCGGUACGAUUAAGAUUUUCCUUGGCGAAUUGCGGCCACACUUUCUGCAUACCUGCAAGCCGGAUGUAGUCUGCGAGGGUGACGCCUACAUCACGUCGUACACCUGCCUGAACGAGGAGGAAAGCCUAUACUUCAUACGGGAUGCCAGCAAAUCCUUUCCCUCGGGCCACUCGGCGAUGAGCGUGUUCGAGGCCAUCUUCAUGAUCUGGUACUUGCAACGGCGCGUUCCACGGCUGCGCACGGUGCUCACGAUUCCCCUGUGCCAGAUGAUGCUCAUGUGCUGGGCCGUCUUCUGCUCUCUAUCACGGAUCACCGACAACCGGCAUCACUGGUGGGACGUGCUGGCUGGUUCGAUUGCCGGCUGCCUGGCUGCGAUCAUGACGUGUCUCUUCGCCUGCCGUAACUUUGAUGCCAGCCGGCGAAAGCGAAAGUCGUCCUCCGUGUACAAGGACCACGACCAUAAGCUAAUCAACAACAGCAACACAACCACGGUCGGUGGCGUUAGCGUCGGUACGCCGUUGCAUAAGGAGGAGAACAUCACGCUGAACCACGUGAUCCUCGCCUGACGAGUGUCACCGCGAUGACGAUCAUCCGGGCAGCAGCAACGGCAGGAGGAGCGGCGGUGGUGGUGGUGGUGCGGUCUCGUCAGCAGAUUCGGUUUCGGUUCGGUAAAGGGAGAACCCAAUAUUCCACAGAAACAGUAUUCCGUGUUAUGUAUUGUAGCGAUGUUUUAAGUUACGACAAGUUUAUUUUAUUUUCCAAUUCAUCGAGCUCCCUGAACCGACGGUUCCAGGGGGAGGGAAGCCCACAUUGGCACAUCCUCCGGUAACAGCAAUCAACCACAAAACCCAAGGUAGACGACAGCAUGCCGGGCAGCAAAGCGUGCCGGCGUGACUGGAGUAUACUGGCCCGUAGAGAACACUAAGUAUGGCCACCCCUUUACCAGGCAACACUGUAGCAUAAGAGCGAGCGUACCAAGCGUUCCGCGGGCGUAACAUGCGGAACAGAAAUGUGAUAUUAAUCCAUAAGCCACACAAUAAUAUCCCAUUAGGUCGGGAGAGAAUAUAGAGGAGAUUAGUUUUGAACCAUUGGAGGUACAAUGAUUUUAGUUGUUUAACGCUAGGAUGUCCAAGUGUCGAAGCAAAAGUGCCAAACUCCAAACAUUAUGAACGAACGACCAUGCGCCGUUCGCGAUAGGAUCCGAUAAGAGCGAUGUUAGGGCAGUCAUAGCAAGAAGAUUCACAUUUGGAACGUUAAUUUAACCAACCGCAACAGAAAGAAGAGGAGACGUAUUAAUGUAAGUAAGAAUGAGCAGGAUGGGAUUGGGUAUAUUUGAGAUUAAUAAAUAUUGUAUUAUUUAUAAAUAA